AAAAUACAGCGUUGGGCAUAUGUAGAGGAGUUGGACCGCGUACCAAAAGUCUCUCACGUUGAUUUUCAAGACAGAACCGUACGAACUUCCACCGCGGCAACGUCAACUGUUUAAGCGGGUCUAUUGCUCACUUGGAUUAACUACAGGAAUAUUUCUUUCGAGAUUGAGUACUAACUUAACGAAGCGAACAUGGUUUACGAAAGCGAUUUCUAUACGACCCGACGACCCUACACGCGGCCCAUUUCUUCUCACUACACCAUCACGAAUCCUGGGGGCAUCAUCCGACCGAUUACACCAAUCCAGCAAACGCAGGCACUCAACCAUCUGCCCCACACAAUCCCCUACAUUGGUCACAAGAGGCUGGUCCAUGUGAUCCAUACACCUUAUCCAGUUAUUCACUACACUCGUCAAGUGCCAGUGCCGAUUAGAAUUUACUCCCGAGUCAGACCGAGUGUUAUUGCUGCUGAACUACAGAGGAUACGGGAUUUGCCGAGACCCUCCAGUGUUUCGUACGUGUCGAGGUACCUCAACUCCAGAGACAACAUCCUGUUCGACGAUGAAGCGCGAGAAAUUCGCGCUAGGGCGGAUUCGCUUCUGCGAAAAAUCCACGUUUUUGUACCGAGACCAUUAUCAAGUGAUUUUGCAGAAGUCAUAGUCCCAGAACGUAUGCGCAGCAACGACUACAUAAGGCGUCUCCUACAAGGACGCAACAGUGCCAAAAAAGAGGAUGAAUCGCCAAAUUGGUAUGAUUCACCAGCUCAUCGUGAAUUCGGCACCGGUCAUCUUGCCGCUGUUAGUUACACUGGAGGAAAACCACACUCAAGAAGAAGACCCUACUACAAAGUAGCGGAUUUGCGCGCAGCGGAUGUGCAGAGUGAUGUUAAUCUGCUGAGUUAUUACGCUAAGAAUCGGCAGGCGGCUGCCAGUGCCUAUCCCGAUCCUCCGCUCACCGAAAGGGAGCUCAGAAAGGCUCGAGCACUGGCAGAAGACUUCAUUGCUUCAGCAGCACCAAGAAGAGCAUCACCAGAUCCAGAACCUGUGUACAAACCAGACUUGGCGACAGUCUAUGAGCCACAAGAGGUAAAAGCACCAGAACCAGUUGUGGAGAAGCAACCAGAGCCAGUCGUUGAGAAAGAACCUGAAGAAAUUCAAGCAGAGAAGCCAGAAAUCGUAAAAGAAAAGAAAGUGCGGACUACUAGACGAAAAUCUGCUAAAGCAGACAAAAUUGUGGAGCCAGAGCCAGCACCGGUCGAGGAAGUACCAAUAAUUUCAGAACCAGAACCAGUUCAAGAUGAGAUUGCCGUCGCAGAAGCAGAACCAGAACCAGUGCAAGAGGAGCUUGCGGUCGUAGAAUCAGAAUCAGAACCAGUUCGAGAAGAACUAGAACCAGAACAACAAGUUCUAACAGAAUCCCAACCAGAACAACAAGUUCUAACCGAAUCCGAACCAGAGCAACAAGCUUUAGUUGAAACAGAGCCAGAACCCCAGGUUCUAAAAGAACCAGAGCCGGAAACAGAAGUAGAGGUAGAAGAGAUACUUUCAGAACCUAGAGCUCAAAUACCAGAAGCAUUUCCUGAAGACCCAGAAGUAGAACCAGAAUUAAUGGAACAACAACUAGAAAAACCCGUGAUCAUAGAAUCUGAAUCUCCUCAAGUCCAGGAGGAAUCAGAAAUCCCCGAAUCACAACAAGAAGUACCUGAACAAAUUCAAAUGCCAGAGCCAAAAGAGGGAGAAGUUCUUGCAGAAUUAGAGGGAGAGGUAGCAGUCGAAGGUGAGCAGCUACCAGAUUUGGAGACUGAACCAGCACCAGCUGAAGAAGUCGAAGAAGUUGAAGUUGACGACUACUGGGGAAGUGGUGAAGACAAACAGGAGACUGACGAUGAGGUGCUACAACGUAAACUCGAUGAGGAAGAAUUGAGAAGGCAAGUCGAGGAGCUUAAAAGGCAAGCUGAGGAAGAAAAAAGGAGGCAAGCCGAACAGGCCAGAUUGGCUGAGGAAAGGUGGAAAGCGGAAAUUGAAGAACGCGAGAGGUUGGAGCGGGAGGCGCGUGCGGCGCGACUGAGGGAAAUUGAGGAGCAGGAAAAGGCGGAGGCGGAGAGAAUAGCUGAAGAGGAGAGGCUUGAAGCUGAGAGGACUCGUGACGCGAGAAUUGCCGAGGAACAGAGACUUGCCGCUGAACUUGAGGAAAUCAUCGCCAAGGAAGAGGAGGAGCGUUACGCUAUUGAAAAGGCAUCUGAAGAGGCUCGUAAAAGGCAGGAUAUUGAGGAGAAACUCGCGGAGAUCGUACUCUCUACACCUGAUGAUUUUGGCGCACCUCGUUCCACCUCCGAAGAAUGCCGUUGCCAUGACAAUACCAAGUCACAGGAUCAUGAGGAGAGGCCCGACAGCCCUGAUGCCGAUGAGGACACACAUGUGGAAGAAGAAGCUAACUGUUUGUCGACAGAUCACGAUGACUUGAGCGAUUGUCAUCCGUAUGAUGGGGAACACGAGGGUUUCAAUAGUGUUCCAGUCUUAGAGGUACCUAUCGACCACACCCCUAAGAUUGAAGAAAUCACAGAUGAUGAGGAUGCGUAAUGAGUAGAUAUCAGGGGUGUUUUUUAUUUGCUAAACCUCCCUCGACAUUUGAUUCUUAAUUUGAUUUGGGUAUUUGAGGAGAUGACAAAGAAAACGAUGUAUAUGCAGUAUGAGUAAUAAGUGCGCGUGGUACACCCAGAGAAAUUGUUUAUUAUACCUACUAAAACUUUUAUCUGAACUUAAACUUUGUUUCUAUUUACGGUUUCAAAUUUGGGAAAAUAUUACCUUAAUUCAUACAAAUAUUUUAAUAGCUAGAAAUAAAUAAAACAUCGUAAAUUGUAGAAGAAACCGUUAUUUCAUUUGAAAAAAGGAUUUAUUUGAAAUUAAUUAAUUAAUCUUUAGGGUGUAUACAAACUAGUAAAUGUUGUAUGCAAAUUGUUUUCUGAGUGAUGGCUUCUCGUUUUUUUAAUCAUCCAGUUGAAUAAUAGAAUAAUUAUUUGAGUGUUCUGCAAUGAUUAUGAGUGGGCCAAUUGUUUCUGUAAUUUUUUAUUACUCGGGCAACGGAAAAAUCGAGGCUAUCGAUUUUUGUCAGUUUGUCGUCAAAUUGUGAAUCAUUUUUAACAGAUUGUAUAAAAUGAUAUGAGAGGAAUAUUAUUAUUUCGAUGUUUAAGUGGUUAAUGAUUACAUUUGGAUUGCAUGGUUGCGUUGAUAAUCUUGAAAUCUAUUUAUUCAUAAUGGUUAAUCUAGAAAUUAUGUUUGUUAAUUGAAGAUUAAUAAAUGCAUAAAAGUCAAGCGA